AUGAAGCAACCACUACAAAGUCGAUUAAUAAUCCAAGAUUCUAGAAGAAAGAAUUUAAGUGCCAUAGGCUUUAUAGAUCCAUCACCUAAGUAAAUCACUAUAAGAAAGGCAUCAAUAGGAGCAUUUAAGAAUAAAGAAAAUAUUAAUAUUAAUGAAAUACAGAAGCAUAAAACUCCUCAAAAUGCAACUACAGAAGACAUUAGAAAAUAAAUUAGUUAACUUAUUAAAAGAACAACUUAAUAAUAAAGAACUAAAUUAAAAAAAAUAGACAUUGUUUGUGAUGAAUAAAUAGAAAUUAAUAAUAAUUAAGAUAGCAUUUUUGAUGAAUUUACUCUUAGAUUGUUAUACUAAAAAGAAUUAGAAUAUAAAAUACAUCCAUCUUUUUUUGAUCAUUAAACAAAUAUUACACCUAUAAUGAGAUCAAUUUUAUUUGAUUGGAUUAGUGAGGUUUGCAAAGAAUUUACAUUAAAAAGAGAAACUUUUCAUCUAUGUGUACAUAAUCUAGAUAGAUAUAUGUCUAAAAUUUAAAUAUCUAAAUAAGAACUUUAGUUAUUAGGUUUAGCAAGUCUAUCAAUUGCAUGCAAAAUAGAAGUAUUGUAUCAAUCUAUAAUAGGAAAUCUACCCUCCAAAAAUUAAUGAUUUCUCUUAAGCCAGUAAUUAUAGUUUCACUGAAUAAUAAAUUAUUGAGAAAGAAUAACAUAUACUCACUUAAUUAAAAUGGUUGAUUAAUCCUCCUACACUUUAUCUUUGGAGUUCUUGGUAUUUGUCUUAAUGGGAUAUUUAUUAUCCUUAACCAAAACUAUAGAUUAAAUAACCUACUUAAGCUUCCUACACUUUAUUUCGACAUUAUAUGACAUUACUUGAUUGUGUUAUCCUAGAUAUUAAAUUAUAUUAAUUCACAAAUAGGGAGAUUGUUGCAUCUCUACUUUAUUUAGUUUUACUUAAAUAAUUUAGUGGAAGUACUUAUUAAAGAAUAGUUGAAAAUAAACUCUAAGAAAGAGAAAUAUUAGAUUUUUAACAUAUUUAUAAACCAUUUAUUGAAUUAGUAUUUGGAUUCUAAUUCACUUAAUUAACUAGAUGUAUUAAAUACUUAACUAAAUUUCUAACUCUUGAUAUUAUUAUUGAUUAACAUGGAUAAUUCAAGGUUACAGCAGAAAAGGAAUUAGAAGAAGCCUACGAGUAUUUUUUAUCAAUUUAAACACAUAAUCCAGCUAAUCUAUAAUUCAUAAGAAAAUGA